AUGAGUUCCAACACAAAUCACCACCUCCCGCUUCGUCGUCUUGGAAAAGAUGGGCCCGAGAUACCAGCACUGGGUCUCGGCUUACUGGGCAUGUCAACACUCUACGGCAAACAGCCCUCCGACGAGGACCGCUUUGCCGUUCUUGACCGCGCCCUCGAGUUAGGUGCUACCCAUUGGGACAGCGCCGACAUGUAUGGAGAUAGCGAGAACCUUUUGGGGAAGUGGUUCAAGCGUACCGGCAAGAGGGACCAGAUCUUCCUCGUCACCAAGUUCGGCUUCAAAAAAGGCUCAAAUACGGACAUCGACAGCUCUGCAGACUUUUGCAAGAAGGCUUGCGAUGCGAGUCUCAAAACGUUGGGUGUCGAUUAUAUCGAUCUUUACUACUUGCACCGUGCUAACCCUAAGACUCCCAUCGAGGAGACUAUGCAGGCUAUGCUGGACCUUAAAGCCGCGGGUAAAAUCAAGCACAUCGGGCUCUGCGAGAUCAGUUCUGCCACUCUUCGUCGGGCGUGCAAGGUGGGCAAGGUCGACGUCAUCCAGUGCGAAUAUUCGGCCUUUGACCUAGACAUCGAGGGCCAGAGCGGCACUAAUCUGCUAGCCACGUGUCGUGAGCUCGGUGUUGGCGUGGUCGCUUACGCGCCUCUCGGCCGCGGACUGCUGACAGGUAAUCUUGAAUCCAAGGUGUCAAUCUCAGGGGAGGGCGACUACCGCAAUGUAUUCCCUCGAUUCAGCGAUGAGAAUCUCGACGCCAACCUCCGAGUUGUCGCGCAGCUGAAAGCCAUCGCGGACGAGAAGCAUUGUACCACUGCCCAGCUGGCCAUCGCUUGGGUAUUGAAGCAGGGGCCUGACAUCAUUCCUAUCCCGGGUACUAAGAAGAUCAAGUACCUCGAAGAAAACGUCGGCGCCCUCGCAGUAGAGCUGACGGAUGCCGAGGAGAGGAGGGUCCGCGACAUUGUCUCCCAGGUGGCAGGAAAGCGGGCGCCUGACUGGGCUGAUUAUCAAAACUAUGUUGACACGGUAGAGCUCAAGUAA